AUGAAGCCUGCCUGGUAUCUGGCAGCAGCGACGGCCUUCACCGUGGCCAUCGCUUCUCCGCACCCCGCAUACGAGCAACAACCGCUCGGCAACUUGCUCUCACAGCCGACCGACGGCCUCAGCCUGAUUCAGGGACAGGAUGACGUCGAAUCGGUUAUCAGGAAGAGCCCUCUGCUCUCUUUCCAUCGCGAUCUCGUCCAAAUCGAGUCGAUUUCGGGCAAUGAGCAUGAUGUCGGUCUUUUCGUUGCGGAGUACCUCGAGUCGAAGAAUUUCACCGUCGUCAAGCAGAAGGUUGAGCCGGUAAAGAAGGAUGACGUUAACGAUGACUCUGAACAACCCAAGACGAGAUAUAACAUCUACGCCUAUCCCUAUUCACACUCGGAACCGCCUUCUGUCCUGAUUACCAGCCACAUUGAUACCGUCCCACCAUUUAUCCCGUACUCGGUUCACGAGCCGACUUCGCAAGAUGCGGAUGAUCUCGUUAUCGCGGGCCGCGGAUCCGUCGACGCGAAGGGCAGUGUGGCGGCUCAGGUUUUUGCUGUGCUGGAAACGCUUGAGGAGAACCCCGAUGCGAAUCUGGGUCUGCUCUUUGUUGUUGGCGAGGAGAUUGGUGGCGACGGUAUGAAGACCUUCUCCAAAUCUGACCUCAACACCAAUAGCGCCUACCACACAGUUAUCUUCGGAGAACCGACCGAGGCCUCCCUUGUCUCGGGUCACAAGGGCAUGCUGGGCUUCAAGGUCUUCGCGCACGGCAAGGCCGCGCACUCUGGAUAUCCGUGGUUGGGAGAUAGCGCUGUCUCAAGCAUGCUGCCUGCACUUCUGCGCGUUGAUAGAUUGGGCCAGAUCCCCGUUGACGAGGGUGGUCUUCCUGCCUCGCCGAAGUAUGGGCCUACGACGCUGAACGUCGGUGUCGUGCGUGCGGGUGUCGCGACGAAUGUUGUUCCGGCUGAGGCGAUGGCUGAUGUCUCCGUUCGUCUUGCAGCUGGUACACCUGAUGAGGCGCGGGAGGUAAUUAAGAAGGCUGUGGAGGAUGCGACGAAGGAUGCGGAUGCGGAGGUCGUGGUUGAUUUUGCCAGUCACGGGGAGUCGUAUCCGCCUCAGGAUUGUGAUACCGAUGUUGAUGGGUUUGAGGUCAUUCCUGUCAACUAUGGUACUGAUGUUCCGAAUCUGAAGGUCAAGGAUGGCGUUAAGCGGUACCUCUAUGGGCCUGGAAGCAUCUUUGUUGCCCAUGGUGAUAAUGAGGCUCUCACCGUGCGUGACAUUAAGGAUGCGGUUGCUGGGUUCAAGAAGUUGAUUGAGGCUGCUCUGGAUAGAGAGUAA